AGUGGCAUUCCACUCCACUCCCUGUGAACAAUGACAUGUCUUCUGGCGUGCUGCGUGCUGGCUUGCACUUUAAUUUCGGUCCAAGUAUAUGGUCAACAACAGGAGAAAAUUGUGCUUUCCCUACCGGAUGUAGGUGGUCAACCGGGCAAAAAUCACACCCUCGAUGUUUCACAUUUGGCUAAGAUAGUACUUCCUUCACCACAUGAGACUCGCGUUAUUGGUGGUCAAGUGACCACCAAUUCCAAGUUAGGAGGAUACCUAACAGCAUUGCUUUAUGAAGACGAAUUUGUUUGUGGUGGUACACUGCUCAAGGAUAACAUCGUCCUAACUGCUGCUCACUGUUUUCUGGGUCGAAUGAAGCCAAGCGAAUGGAUUGUGGCUGGCGGUAUGUCCAGUCUCAAUCAGAAAGGUAUUCGACGGCAUGUUAAGGACUUUAUCUUGUCCGAACAAUUUCGAGAGGACGACAUGAAUAUGGAUGUAGCGGUCAUGCUGCUGAAAACUCCCAUGACGGGUAAAAACAUCGGUAAGUUAGAUUUAUGCUCGGUGACCCUUAACCCAGGCGUAGAACUGGUGGUUUCCGGAUGGGGCAUGACCGCUCCCCGGGGACGUGGACCCCAAAACUUACUGCGUACGGUGACAGUGCCAAUUAUUCACAGAAAGAACUGUCGCGCUGCCUAUCAGCCCAUGGCUAAAAUAACAGAUAGCAUGAUAUGUGCUGCUGUGCUGGGACGUAAGGAUGCGUGCACCUUUGACUCCGGUGGACCGAUGGUGCUCAAAAAGCAGGUUUGUGGGAUAGUGUCCUUUGGCAUCGGAUGUGCUAGCAAACGUUAUCCUGGCGUCUACACGGAUGUUAUGUACGUGAAGCCUUUUAUCGAAAAGAGCAUUAAUGCGUUGCUAGCAAAGCGAUAAAAAUAAGCUUUCUUUAUUUGGAAAUCAUUUUUAAAAUAUAAUGUGGUCUCUCCUUUAA